CUCGCACCCCACACGCAGCAGCCCGCACGUUCCAUGUCGCUCAAGCUCCGGCAGACCAUCCCCGGUCGACCGAGGCGAGAGUCUCCCGCCCCGCUCGCGGCGCUGUCCACGCCCAACGGCGCAUACUUUGCAUACCCUUCCUCGACUAAUGUCAUCCUUGUCCACCCCGAUGGCGAGCUGCACGAUACGCUCUCGUUCUGGGAAGCGCUGCCUUACCGUGCAGGCCCGUCAGGCAUCGGGUCGCGCGAUGUAGAAGGCGUCGUGGCGCGCGACGACACUGUGAGUUGUGGUCGAGGCCAUCGCCGUCUGGAGCAAGGCGCGCCGCUGACCGGUUCACUCCAGAUUAUCGCUUGGAGUGGCGUCUAUGUCGUUCUGUGGCAGCUCAACGCUGCAGAUCCUUCGCCUGAAUGGGUCGUGCACUCGACUAUCGUUGCCUCGGCCAGCAUCUCAUCGCUAGACUACCAGACUGGGACGGCCGCGCUGGGUACGGCAGCCGGUGUCGAGCUGUGGCGUGUUGAGCCUGAAGCUGAGGUUGUGGUGUGGGACCGUGUUUGGAAGUCCACCACCGCGUCCCCGCCCCUCGUCGCCAUUCCACCCGCACGCACCCACGUUGCCUGGUAUUUCAAGGGUUCGAGAACGGUGACAGUACAGACGCUUGGGCCGCGUGGCCAGGCGUCUGGCGAGCCGCAAGACAUUCGUCAGCCACGCGAGAUUGAGUGGAUUGGUUGGCGAUACUCUCCUUCUGGCGACGCCCAGCUCUACGUCAUCUCUACCAAUGCUAUCCUGCGCAUCUUUGCGACCGUGCUCGACGACCCCUCCUGGUUCCAGCUCCUCUACUCGGUCGACCACCGGUCGUUCUCGCAGCUCGGCGGAACCGACAAGGGCAAGUCGACAGACUUUGGCUCCAUCUGGGUCCCCGAGUCCCAGGUACUCCAGCAUGGCGCUGACGACGCGCUCGCCACGGCAAAAACCAAGGGCCUGAGGCUGUCACCAAAGGUCGAGAACGUGCUCGAGCUCGUCAAGACUGGUGAGCUGGACCUAGCCGUGUGGUUUGGCCCAAACGGGACUGUUGCCCUUCGAUCUCUUUUGAACCUCGAUCGGAAACCCCCAACGCUUAUCCAUUCCGAACCCCUCGGCUCAGUCUCCGUCAACGUUAGUGCCAACUGGUCGACCCGAGGCCAACUCGCUCGCCACUGCAUUGCCGGGACCCUCUUUGUUGGCUUCCCGCCUUCCGACUCCAACGCCGAUGCUUCCUUCCUCUCUCUCUCCCUGAUCGACCUUUUCGGUCUCGACGACUCGGCCCUGAUCGGAUCGACGCCCGAGCCAGACUUUGAGACCAUGUCGGUGCUCAUGACCCAGGACAUCAAGCAGUUCGUCCGUACCCCGAACGGCCGUGGCCUGCUCGCUGUCGGAGAAGGCGGGGAGGUUGGCAUCUGGGAGAAGCGGCGCCUCGGCAAGCUGUCAACCGACCCCCACGUCAAGUUGCCAGUUUCCCUCGUCGGCAAGGGCCAGUGGCAGGCACCGGUAACCCCGAUUCUGUAUUCCAUCUACGCCAAGGGCCGUGGUGUCGCCUCCUACUUCAACGACCCAGUCCAUGGGCCUCGCGUCGUUCUCCAACACCUCGACCCAGGAGAUGGCACGCCGACAGAGCAGGUCGUCCUUCCUCAUUUCCAACCCAAGGCAGGCGACGAGAUCAAGAUGCUGCUGGCCGUGUCGGACAUUGACGACGGCUACAGUUCUCGUCGUCGCCGAACUCGCCGCGCGGUCAUCAUGGCUGUUGCAGCCAGCGGCGAGGCCUGGGUCUGGAGGAUCGACCCGGCACCGACGUCGCCCCGUCAAGAGCUCUCCCAGUCUCCGCUCGAGACACCUAAACGAUCCAACAGGCGGCUGUCGGUCGAUUCGCCCUCUACCAGCCCUCUUCGCGGCGCGUCAUACUCGGCGGCUGCUCCCAACAUCUAUCGCAGCGACAAGCCCAUCACAACCCUCAUCUCGCACUCGGUUCUCCCAAUCGAAGGCGGAGGCAAGCCGAGGUUCAUCCUCCCUGUCGAUCCCAUGGGCUGGCACACCACCACCGUUGACUGGGAGACCGACACUCCACUUCAGGACAUGGUCGUCACAGUCUCAGAGAACGGCGUACUCGAGUUCUGGAAGCCCAGGCUAGGCCAGCAUAUGCCAGGUACUCGGAGACCGACAAUUCAAGGUGACUGGCACUGCCUCGACGCGGAGGAUAGCCAUGUUGCGUGGUUCCGCAGCAGCGUCGUCCACACCGAGAAGAAGAAUGUUUCACUGGCCCGCUGCAGCUCGAGAAAGAAGACUGUGUUGGUUUGCGAACUUGCCAAUGGCCAGCACGAGAUGACGAUCUGGGACUCGAACGUCAGCGAGUUCUCCACAGGUCUGGAGCUCACCUUUGCCUUCGAGCAUGGGGAGGUGAUCCAGGACCUAGACUGGACGACGACCUCGGACCUUCAGUCAGUGCUCGCCGUCGGCUUCCCCCACCAUAUCGUUCUGGUAUGCGAGCAGCGUAUGAGCUACGUCGAGGUCACACCUGGCUGGGCGCCAUUUAUCAACAUCGAUAUGAGAAAGUACACGUCGGUGCCGAUCAACGACUCUAUCUGGAUUGCUGGAGGCUCGUUUGCCGUCGGCGUGGGCAACCAGAUCUUCGUAUUCAGCCGUUUCCUCGAACAGCACACCCCGCUGCCUUCGCCCGGUCAGUCGGUGCACCAUGUGGAAGUGGACGACAACGACGACGACCCAGAGGACAUCUUCGAGCUCAUCGCGCAUCAGAACGGCCCGCUGUUCGACUUCCACCCGACCAUGAUCAUGCAGUGUCUCCUUUGGGACAAGAUCGACUUGGUCAAGCGCAUCCUCUGCACUCUUGUCAAGGAUAUUCGGGAAGACGAAGUCGACGGCAAGAGGCGACUCGUGUUCCAGCGCCUCGACCCUCUCGAGUUCCACACCACCAGCUCCAAGCCCAAGAAGGCCAAGGAGGCUACCGACUACUCGAACCUGUUCACAUUCACUCCGACGGUCACGAGCGACGACGACGACCCGUUCAAUGCCGAUCUGGUGCAAGAGCUUGUGGACAAGAUUGAUGGUCCGGUUAAGAUCCCUCUGAGCCAGGGUGAGAAGUCGUUGCUUGCUGCCCUGGCACAGGCUACACUCGAGGUUGAGCAAUCUCGCCGUUCGUUGGACCUCUGCGGUCUGCGUUAUCUCAUCUCGAUCAGGACGUUUGUCAACCGCGACAGACGAGCCGCCGGCCAGCAAUCAGGCGCAGUCACUCCUCGCGGCGGCGUGCCAGGGCUGCCACCUCCCCCGGUCACCCAUGCACGCAUCUCGUUCCGCAACAUUGUCUGGGCGACCCACAGUGAAAGCCAGGAAGUCCUCUUACAAGCUGCCGGUCAGGCUUGCGAGAACAACAAGAUGAUGUGGGAGGAUGCGAAACGGCUGGGCAUCUUCCUCUGGCUCAAAUCGACCGAUGCGAUUCGAAGCCAGAUGGAGGUUGUCGCACGUAACCGAUUCAUGGCCGGCGACGGAGGAGACCGCGACCCCAUCGCUUGCUCGCUCAUCUUCUUCGCUCUGGGCAAGAAGCAAGUGGUGCACGGCCUCUGGCGCCAGGCUCCAGGUCACAAGGAGCAGUCCAUGAUGAUGAAGUUCUUAGCCAACGACUUCACUCUCGACCGCUGGAAGACGGCUGCUGCGAAGAACGCGUACGCCCUGUUGAGCAAGCAGCGUUAUGAGUACGCCGCAGCGUUCUUCAUGCUCGCAGGCAAGCCCAAGGACGCCAUCACUGUCUGCUUGAGGCAACUCAACGACUGGCAGCUGGCUGUGGCUCUGGCGCGCUGUAUCGAGGGCGCCUCGGGUGGUGAGCUCCUCCGCUGGGUGCUUCUCGACACAGUCCUUCCCAUUGCGUACAAGGGAGGACACCGCUGGUUGGCGUCAUGGGCGCUGUGGAUGCUCAACCGCCGCGACCUGGCUGUCCGUGUUCUCAUUACCCCCAUGGACGACGUUGCAGAGGCCUGGAGCGAGACGACCAAGCUACCCGUGGGCCAGCCCGACAACGACGACCCUUCGCUCCUACUCCUCUUCCAGCACCUCAAGGGCAAGACCCUGCAGACUGCAAAGGGAACGAGCGAGAUAUCGGAGAAACUCGAGUUUGACUUUGUGCUCCACAAUGCGGUGGUGUUCUGCCGCAUGGGCUGCCACCCACUUGGUCUGGACCUUCUCCGCUCUUGGUCGUUCGAGCGGCCGUACUUCCCACCACCAAAGCGCCGCGAGGCUCCGUCGCCCGUUCAGGUCACCACACCGCUGGAACAACGCAACGGCAUGAUUACUUCCAGUCCCACGCGCGCCAAGCAGCCGCUUGCACCUCGGCGACGUGCAUCCUUCAUGCUAUCCAACCCCCACGGCCGCGAGAGCAUGGUCAUGGAUAUGGAUGUGCUGUCCGAGGGUGGAACAGAGCCGCCAACCAGAGAGGCGACACCUCCCGGCCAGAAGGCGACGCCGACCACGCCAGCUGGGGACCUGUUUGCAGGUAUGCCUGGCUGGGGAGCCCCUGCGGCCGGCUUCCACAAGCAGUCGGACACUCACAUGCCCACUCUGUCAGAGGAGCCAGCGUCGAACGGCAUUGCGGGACCAUCGCCGCAGAAGGCCGAGACGACCAACCCCAUGAAACACCAGCGUCAUGGCGUCCGCCAAGGCUCCAUGGCAUUCGACAUGGACUCUUUCUUUGGAAACAAGGACCGGUUGCUGGCACUUCAUGUAGCAUCGCCAUUGCCAGGCUCCGUGUUUGAGGACAGUGGUGGGCCGUCGCGAUCGUCGACUCCAUCGGUUAAUCUGAUGAGGGAUCUUGCACGAAACGAGGAUCAGGGUGCGACCGAGUUCAACCUAGACACAUUUGGCUUUGGUGGUCCCGCGCCUCCACAUGUGCCUACCCGCACACCGUCGCCAAGGCAUAUCGCGUCCAACCAUUCCACCAACGCCAACUCGACAACUGCUACACCACCAGCCUCAAUCACACCACCAAACAAGAUUGGGCUCAUGUCGUCUGCUCGCAAGGCCGACCCCGCCCAAGGCGGCGCCGAAUUCAGCUUUGACGGCUUUGACGAAGUGCCUAGCGCCGGCGCCAAGACUACUACGGCUCCGAUUGGAUCCGCGGCCUCCGCCGCCAGCGUCACCGCGUCAGUUCCCACAUCGACAUCCACGGCCAGCGGUACCAAGGACGCAUCCAAGCCAGCAUCCGCCAUCAAGUCAAAGAUCGGCAACUUGUUCAAGGGCCACAAGUCGGACGCAUCGCAAGGCGCGACCGAGUUUGACGCUGGCAACUUUGACCUGGCUGAUAAGCCAAGGGUUCCCACGCGGGCCGAUCCUGCUGCGGAUGACGGGACGCCUGCACUUGGUGCGACGUCGUUCGGCAAGGUUGGCGAUGAGAACGACCCAGCUGCCAAGACGGCAGACACCAAGGUCGCGUCCAAGGUCGCCCCCAAUGUCGCGUCCAAGGAUGCUGCCCCCGAGCCAGUGGAUGUUGUCGAUGAAGCCGACUUGAAGACUGCACGCGUUCCCACACGUGCCGAGCCGCCCGCCGACACUGGCACCCCCACCCUCACAGCCACCACGUUUGGCAAGGAGGGCGACGAGAACGACCCGAGCGCAAAGGCCAAGCCGGCGGCUGUCAGUAGGGCGGCGGCUGGUGCUGCGGCGGAGCCGUUCGACGACGCCGAGUUGGGAGGCAAACCCCGCAUCCCCACACGUGCCGAUCCUCCUGCGAGCACGGGCGCAGUGUCACUCGCCGCCACGACGUCAUCCUCAUUCGGCAAGGUUGGGGAUGCCAACGACCCGCAAGCGAAGCCGGUUACGGCGAACACCAAGCCCGCUGCUACCAGCUCCAAGGUCGCGGCGUCGCCAUCAGACGUGGUCGACGACGUCGCGGUUGGUGGCAAGCCGCGUGUUCCUGCCCGGCCUGAUCCCACUGCUGGUGAUGACGGCAUCCCCGUCCUCACUGCGACGCAGUUUGGCAAGGACAGCGGAGGCGAGAGCAAGGGCACGGCUGGCGCGUCGCUGUUCGCCAAGGACGUAACGACGGCCGCGCCCGAGCCCAAGGCAGCGGCCGACUCGAAAGCCGCAGAGGUGACCAAGCUGGCAGACUCGAAGGCUGCCGAGGCGCCCAAGCCCGCUGCUGCCGAGCCCGCCAAACCCUCCGGCAGCCUCAUGAAGGACAACAAGUCGCAGGCUGCGCAAGGGGGAGCCGACUUCAACAUGGAUGACUUUUUCUAGCCUAACCCCACAUACGAAUUGGACGAAAUGCACACAUGUAUUGCUUAG